CAUUCUCCGCGGGCCGCGUCCCAGCAUCCUCCGCGGGCAAGAUGGCCGCACAGAGAGCGGCCGUUGGGAUGAGCUGGAGAUAGGCCUGAGCUCUCGGCCGGAGGGCCUCGAGACCCUCGCCAACGAAUGCAGAGCUUUGCUCGCGGUAGCUAUGGGGUCGUCCUGAUAAAAUCUGUGCCCUGAUAGACAACCCCGGAAUUUUACCGCCCUGGGCUGGAACUUCCGGCAGGGCUGCAGAGUAAGCGCUGGUAGAGCAGCUCCUGUUCUGACAGGUGCGACCCUGACUGCUCCAUGCCUGCGAGCACGGGGCGGCGGGGCCUCGCCCAGGGCCGUCACCUGUGCUGGUUGCUGUGCGCUGUCACCUUAAAUCUCUGCCAAGCAGAGGCUCCGGUUCGGGAGGAAAAACUGUCCGUGAGCACCUCUACUUCGCCCUGCUGGCUGGUGGAAGAGUUCGUGGUGGCAGAAGAGUGCGCCCCGUGUUCUACUUUCCAGGCUAAAACUAUCCCUGAAUGUGGUUCUACAGGAUACAUAGAGAAAAUCACCUGCAGUACGUCUAAGAGGAAUGAGUUCAAAAGCUGCCGCUCAGCUCUGAUGGAACAGCACUUAUUCUGGAAAUUUGAAGGGGCUGUAGUUGGUGUGGCCUUGAUCUUUGCUUGCCUUGUUGUCAUUCGUCAGCGACAAUUGGACAGAAAGGCUCUGGAAAAGGUCCGGAAACAAAUUGAAUCCAUAUAACUACACCACCCUUUACCCUGGGUCUUACAGACCACAUCUUAUCAAAAAAAGUGGAAUGGACUGGUUUGUGCCCUUGCUUCUUUGGAGUCUGUGGUGAUACACCCUUUCCCCAUUUUCUUCUUCACUUCACUCAUGAGCACAAUAAAAAAAAAAAAAAGUAAAAU